GGGACGACCUGCACAGCCCCGCCACGCGCCAGCUCUCCCUUCCUCCUCUUCUUCCUCCUCCUCUGGCCCCUUAGCGGCCGCCGCCUGCGGCUUUGUUUUCUUCCCAGGUUUCAUUCCCCACACGUGAUACUGUGUUAUUGCUUCGGAGCGUGAGCGCGGGGCGCGCGCACCUAUAAAUACGAACACAGGGCCGGGGAGCCGGACCAGCCAGGCGACCCGCGGACGGGCGGACAGCCAACGAGCCAGCAGCAGCCGCCGCCGCCGCACCAGCAGCGAGUGAGGGAAGCGCGCGUGUGGGUCGGCGGCGCCCCCCGCCCGAGCACCGAGGGGCGAGCAUGGCCCGCCUGCGGGGGGGUUGGGCCGCCGCGCACGCCGCCUGCGCCCCGCGCCCUACCCAGCCCGGGUCGCCGCGGCUCGCGCCCGCAGCUUAGCAUUCGGCGCCGCUCGCUUCUCUGGGCAUCGCGGAACUAACGCCGCAGACGGACACAAUGGCGGCGGCGACCGCCACCGCCGGCUCAGCCGCUUGCAGCAGCGGCGGCAGCGCUGGCACCGACGCCGCGGGCACCAGCGGGUUGCAGCCGCCGCUGCCGCAGCCCCAGCCCGCGGCCGCCUCACCGGCCCAGCGGCCGCCCGAACCCCCCCGGAAGCCGCGCGUGGACCCACGGCGCCGCCAGGCUGCCCUCUCCUUCCUCACCAACAUCUCGCUGGACGGACGGCCGCCGCUGCAGGAGGAGGAGUGGGGCGGCGGCGAGGAGAGCCGAGCAGCUAAGCCCGGAGCGGGCAGCGCUUACGGCGCUAGGACUCGGCUCAGCCUACUGGCCGCCGGCUGCAGCGCGCUCGCCGCACCGGGCACAGCGGCCGCGGCGUUGGCUACUGGGUCUAGCCCCUUCCCACUGCAGCCUUCGCUGCUGCCGCCCCUGGCUCCGGGCGGCCACGCGACCCUGCCCGGCCCCGGAGCGUCGCGGGCGCUCGCUAGCCCUCUGGGCGCGGGCCGGACGUCGGGGGAGCUUUUGCAAACGUCCCGGUCGGCGCCUCUAGCCUCCUGUUCUCAACUGCAGCUGCUGGAUGGGCCCGGGAGUGCCGAGCAGGAGGAGUUGGAGGAGGACGAUGCCUUUACCACCGUGCAGGUGCCGGCAGCCGCCUUCUUGAGCUCCGGGACCCCCGGGAGUGGGAGCGGCAGUCGGGGCCGUCUCAACUCGUUCACUCAGGGAAUCCUGCCCAUCGCCUUCUCCAGGCAGAUCUCACAAAACUACUGCUCCCUGGAGCAGUCGGGUCAGAGCGGCAGCACCAGCGCCUUUGAGCAGCUGCAGAGGUCUCGACGUCGCCUCAUCUCCCAGAGAUCAUCGUUGGAGACCCUGGAAGAUAUUGAAGAGAAUGCCCCUCUCCGGAGAUGUAGAACUCUCUCAGGUUCGCCCAGACCAAAGAAUUUUAAGAAGAUUCAUUUUAUCAAGAACAUGCGGCAACACGAUACCAGGAAUGGCAGAAUAGUCCUUAUCAGUGGCAGAAGAUCCUUCUGUAGUAUAUUUUCCGUGCUGCCGUAUCGCGACAGUACCCAAGCCGGGGAUCUGAAGUUGGAUGGAGGGAGGCAGUCAGCAGGCGCCAUGAGCUUGAAAGAGAUCAUUGGUCUUGAAGGUGUGGAGCUGGGUGCUGACGGGAAGACAGUUUCUUAUACCCAAUUUCUGUUACCCACAAAUGCCUUCGGAGCCCGGAGGAAUACUAUAGACUCCACCUCCUCCUUCUCCCAGUUCCGCAACCUGAGCCACCGCAGCCUCUCCAUAGGCCGGGCCAGCAGCACCCAGGGGAGCCUCGACACAGGUAGUGACCUGGGAGACUUUAUGGACUAUGACCCAAAUCUCUUGGAUGACCCCCAGUGGCCUUGUGGCAAGCACAAGCGAGUUCUGAUCUUUCCUUCAUACAUGACCACAGUAAUUGACUAUGUGAAGCCCUCAGAUCUCAAGAAGGACAUGAACGAGACCUUCAAGGAGAAGUUUCCUCAUAUUAAGCUGACACUCAGCAAAAUAAGGAGUCUGAAACGAGAGAUGCGGAAACUUGCCCAGGAGGACUGUGGCUUUGAGGAGCCUACGGUGGCCAUGGCCUUCGUCUACUUUGAGAAGCUCGCCCUCAAGGGAAAGCUCAACAAGCAGAACCGGAAGCUUUGUGCUGGAGCAUGUGUGCUGUUAGCAGCCAAGAUCGGAAGUGACCUCAAAAAGCAUGAAGUCAAGCAUUUAAUUGACAAACUGGAAGAGAAGUUCCGGCUGAAUAGGCGAGAACUGAUUGCCUUUGAAUUCCCAGUGUUAGUGGCCCUAGAAUUUGCACUCCAUUUACCAGAGCACGAAGUCAUGCCACACUACAGACGCCUGAUCCAGAACUCCUAGCACAGGGCCCAGCAGGGUGAAGGACCAUUCCUCUGAGUGCUGUGGAGCGGAGUUCACUACUGGAAAUGCAAAAAAUAAAACUCAAAAGUACCAAGCUUCUUAUCCUCAUCAUAGUUUUCGCAGAGAAGCAGUACUGGAAACUUCACGGAGUCUUCAGUCUGGCUGGCCGAGAAGAGUGUGAGCCAUUCAUUACACAAGCAAGUGAAAAGAAGAUUCAUGCUGAGGACAGCAAAGUCCCCUACCUAGCAAGAACUCAGCUGCCUCCAAGGGGCUUCCUGCCAGGCAUGCACACCUUGCCAGCGUGACCCUGGGCCUUCUCUCCAGACCCAUUCCAACUCUGAGCACAGAGUGCCAGAGCAGACGAGGGAAGCAGAUUUGCAGAACUGAAGGAAAACUUUUCUACCAUCCCUGUGUCAAAAGAGCGUGCCAAUCUAUUUUUGUAUCAGCCAUUGGAAGUGCACUUUUCCCCGGGGGCAUGUGGAUGUGAGUGUGCAAGUGUCAGAGAUCCUGCAUCAGCCCUCAACCCCCAAAGUCAGUGCCACCCUCUGCAGAGCUGACUUGGGGCAACGAUUUCUGAGUGAUUUCUGGUUAAGAAUCCCUCGGUUCCAGGUUGGUAUCUUCUGCCCUUAGGAAAUGACAUUGUUUUUGUGACUGCUCCUGCCACAAUCGGACAAAGACUAAGUUCUCAGUGUUGGAGGAGUCACAGAAAGGCGUGGAGUGUGGCGCUACCUUCCUGCCAUCCCACUGCGGGCAUCUGUCUGGUCUGCACACUUUGGAGAUGGCGGGGGUUGUGCUCCAUCGAUCUCGUUCCUGUGCUCUAUGUUAGAGUGCAUAAUAAGCACAUUGAUUGUGCUAAAUAUGUGUUUUAUAAAAAUCCAGUAUAGGGGUAAGACGUAUGACAUGUUUUGUGGCUUUUGCACUGGGACAAACUGCAUUUUGAGCGGUGGUUGAGUUGAUUCAGGUGGCUCUUGUUGCCGUGAAUCCAUAGCUCUCAGUGCAGAAUUUUAAUCACGACUUGUCCUGAUGCUCGGGCAUGACCUGUGCUGACUCAUGUCACCUUAUAGCCACAGGACAGGUGUCAACUGGCUGAAGAACGCUUGUAGCCAUGUAAAAAGAAUUAAAAUAUUUUGUUUUAUAUAUAGAAGUAUGUGUAUGUAUAGAGACGAAGGUCUCACCAGUCAACUUGGCCCCCUCCGUGGAAAAUUCCUCGGCCUCCGUCACACACAGGCUGUAGUGGGGUCGCAGACCUGGAUCAACCGAUAUCACCCAGAGAAAGGGGGAUGUGGGCAGUGAGGGUAUAUGGCUUUUGUUAGCAGAGCUCAGAAGAAUCCUACAGCCCUACAAGAUGGACUUUUUCUUUUUUUCUUCUGUUUCCCAGGCUGGUCUCAAACUCCUGGGCUCAAGGGAUCCUCCUGCCUCAGCCUCCUGAGUAGCUGGGACUAUAGGUGGGCACCACCAUGCCUGGUUCCUACAGGAUGGGGCAAGGGCAAUCAAGCAGCAGCUGGUGAGAACAGGGGAUAAUACUUGGCUUCUAAAUCAGUCUUAGGUUUGACUGAGUUCAAUCCUAAUCUUUUGCUAACAAGUUUCGUUGGCCAGAAUCAGUUGUAAAUCGGUGAUUUUUGAAGUAGGGAUAUAAUGAACGUGGUCUACUAGUUGAAAGCUAAAUCAACUAGUAUUUAAGGUGCACAUAUUAUCAAUAAAGCAAAUUGAGAAGCUCA